AAAGGUACUGUGACUCAACAUAAAGUAAAGGACCUUGGGUCCGAAUGGACAGAUUGGAAAAUGGCAUCAGAGCAGCCCAAAUCCAUAUCAACUGGGGCUGGCACAACUUGCUGGGCCUGGGUUAAUAAAUUACGUUAUUCUAUAAAAUUCCGGAAACACCCUUGACAUAAGGAUGUAAUUACAAUGACGUGCCAUCGUCUCCCCCAUAGAGUCCAAACUGAUUUGGCGGGAAAGAUCCUGAUCCGUUACAUGUUUGUUAGGCGUGAGCAGAGAGAGAGACACACACACACACACAAACACACUUAUACACACAGAGACCUCCUUCAACCCCUGUAUCCCUGUCCGCACUCAUCUGCUACUAAAGCUUCUCAGUUUUCGUAACCCCCACACAAGCACAAUACACAGAGACGACAGAAAGAAAAGAAAAUCCAAGAAAACCAUCCAAGAAUCUACAUCGAAUUUUCUUUCACCUACUAUAUAUAUUUCCCAUUUCUUUAAACCCCCCCAAAGAAAAUCGAUCUUCCUCUCUUUUCUCUCACAUGGCGGCCAGCGACUACCUAGUCUUUUUUUCCGUCCUCCUCCUCAGUUCCUCCACAUUGCAGGCAUCACCUUCUCCCACCCAAUCUCCACCAUCUCCUCCCUCUCCAUCUCCAUCUCCACCUCCACCACCUCCUUCACCAUCUCCACCACCACCUCCGUCACCAUCUCCGCCUCCUCCUCCUUCACCAUCCCCACCACCACCACCUCCUUCACCGUCUCCACCACCACCACCUCCGUCACCAUCUCCACCACCACCUCCGUCACCCUCUCCACCUCCUCCUCCCGCCACCAAAUCACCACCACCUUCUGUUCCUCCCAUGGCCUCCCGAUCUCCACCACCAGCGCCGCCUCAACAUUUACCUUCUGCUUCUCCUCCAAUGGAUUCCCGAUCAUCUCGCCAACCUCCUCCACAUUCUCCAUCGCAAUCACCUAGACAUCCCCCGCCACCGCCGUUGCCCGAGCAGCCACCACCGCGACCAUCCUCUCCACCGCCGACUCCGGCAUCGACACAACCACCACAGCAGUUGAGCAACAUAAUAGACGCGCUGAUUGGAGCAGGUGACUUUGGGAAUUGGGUGAACAUAAUCUCCGGAGCGAACCCUCUGAUCCUCCCUCUGAGCGCCACUCUCUUCAUCCCUCAAGACGACGCCGUCAACCGCCUCCUCACGGCCGACCCAUUCAUGUUCCCCUACCACGUCAUCCCGCAGCGCCUCUCCUUCUCCGAUCUCCAGCUCUUCAAACCAAACGCUCGCCUCCCGACUCUUCUCCCUGGAAAAUCCAUCGUCAUCACCAGCAACAACCGCUCCAAUUUCAGCGUCGAUGGCUCUCCGAUCACUCAGCCAGACCUUUACAUCACUGCCACCAUCGCAGUCCACGGCGUCGGAGCCAUACUUGACUACACUGUUUAUGGUGACGGGCUCGAUUUGUUGCCUAAACCUACUUCGGAGGGUCAGCCCCAGCUCAUUAGGCCACCGCCGGGACCUUUGCUGCCGGACGGCGAUAACGACGGUGAGAAUAACGAGUGGAGAUCGAGCAUGGCCUCACAGUGCCUUGGCAUUCAAUUUCCGGUUGCUUUGUCGAUUGCUUGUGCCGUCCUGGCUCUGGGCCGAUGAAGCAAAUGGGUUGGGUUAUCUAGUGUUUUUCUGGGUUUAUACGGAGAUUACAAUUUUUGUUACAUUUUUUAAUUGGCUUUCAAUCUGAGUUUGAUGGAAUUUUCAUACAAAGUGAAUACAAUAUAA